AUGGAGGACGCAGUAGAGGAGUUGAAAGAUGGCGCAGACAUCUCCCAACAGCUCAUGGACCGCUACUCCAAGUCCUCUGCCCCGCAGCACCACCACCUCCUCGCCACCGCCGCCGCAAUGCGCUCCAUCCUCGCCGCCGAGUCCCUCCCCCUCACUCCCCCUUCCUACUUCGCCGCCACCAUCUCCGCCAUCGACGACAUGUCGUCCCCCGACCCUACCGCCGUAGCCGCGCUCCUCUCGUUUCUCUCCCUGGUGCUCCCGCUCGUGCCGCCACGUAGCAUCUCGUCGCCCAAGGCCGGUCAGGCGCUGGCUAUGCUGGUGGAGCUUCUGGAGCGAGAGGCGGAGAGGCUGACCAUGACCGGCGUCAAGGCUGUGGUCAAGUGCUUGGGGGCUUUGGUUGGCUUCUGUGAUUUGGAGGAUUGGGAUUCUCUCAAAUUGGGGCUUCACACUUUGCUCAAGUUCUCCGUUGAUAAGAGACCUAAGGUUCGCAAAUGUUCGCAAGACUGUCUCGAGAAUGUAUUUAAGUCGCUCCAGUCCCGCAGUGUUGUCAAGGAGGCGAGCAAGUUGAUACUUUCUAUGCUGAAAGGUUAUAUGCCUUUGGCGGUUAAGUUAAGUGCUUCUCGGACUUCAGAUGGAUCUAAAAAUCUGGAUGUCCUGCACAUGCUAAAUGUAGUGAAGCUUACUGUUCCCUUUCUCUCACCAAUUGUCAGCUCAAAACUUCUUUCAGAGAUGAAUAAACUUCUGGGUCCGCGGUUCUCCGAACUCACAAGGCAUGUUUUCCAAAUUAUUGAAGCGAUUUUCAAGAUAUCAAAAGCUGAUGACGUUGUCCCAAAGACGGAGGGGACUAUAGCUUCUCUCAUUUCAUACGUGUCCUUGGCAAAUAAGAACCCUUCGGACACUGUCAUGUCUGCAACAACCUUGUUAAAAUAUUCUAUGGGCAUACUUCAUACUGGUGAAUCUACAUCAUGGAUCACGAAUCUUCCGCUAGUUUGUGGCUCUGUGGCAGGUCUUUUGAUUUCUGAGGCUAGGACUGCAUCCCAUUCUUCAGAUAUUUUGAAAGAGUUGAUUAGCCAACAUGUGGAUCUAAGUAUGUUGGUCAAUGAAAACCAACCUUUCAAAGAUGAAGGAGAUGAUAUUAUAAAAUCAAAUGCAUUGAGAUCAAUAUGUGCUAUUUUUGAGGAGGGUCUUAACUCAUGUAAAGGACUGCCCAACGAGCAUCUUUUGGAUGUUAUAUCUGCUUUGUUCCUCAAGCUCGGAAAAAUGUCCAGUAUUUAUAUAAGAGGUAUUAUACUGAAACUUGCUGAGUUGAUGACCACUGCUAGUGGGGACAAAUCUAACACUGACCAUCUUCAGAAAUGUAUUGGAACUGCUGUAAUUGCUAUGGGGCCUGAGAGACUACUAGAACUUGUACCUGUAUCACUUAAUGCUGGUGACUUCACAUGUGUAAACAAUUGGCUGGUACCUAUUUUGAAAAAUUAUGUUGUUGGAGCAUCGUUGGCAUACUAUAUGGACCAGAUUAUGCCUCUUGCUAAAUCCUUUCAACUGGCCAGCAGUAAAGGUACAUAG